GCUCUCCAGUUUCCUCGAGAGGAGCUCAAUUGCACCUGAGAAUUACAAUUACACUGUGAUUGGGUUUGAUCCUCCUUUUGGAAUUUGGGAUGUUCCAUUUUGGAUUCCGACGAUGCCGGAGCGAAUUCCCAUGGAUUAAAAAAUAAUUACCAUUCAGUCUGCGGGGCUGCAGUCAGUUCGCUUUCUUGGCUCUGAUUUAUUGCUUGCUUGGGGAUUUUCUCUACAAAGGCGACCUACGAUCAGCCAUUGCACUGUCGACGCUGCUGGAUACAUUCCUUAUCUUCUUAUUGAUUUGGGGGCUCCUUGCUUCUUUGGGAUUUGCGCCGUGUCAAAUCCACAGAUUGCACGGUCAGCCCAGAAGAACGAAUUGCUUGUGCUGCCGGGGCGAUGGAAAGCCCGCGGUGCUGUGGGCUCCGGAAAAAGCGGAGAACCCGGUCUCACAGGGAUCGCUUCAAAGGGUUAACAAGCAACCGGAUAGUGUCCUCCGGAUCGGAGAAGGAAGAUGGGCGAAACCCGUCCUCCUCCCGACCUCGACCCCCCAGAAGGAAAAAGAAGGAGCCCGCCGCGGUAGAGGAGGAUCUCAUCGAUGGCUUCGCGAUCAGCAGCUUCGUGUCCCUGGAUGCCUUGGAGAAGAACCUCGCCUUGAAGCCUCAUGAACUUCUUGAGAACCAGCCCAGCAGCCUUGGCAAGAAAAGACAGCAUGAAAUCCACAAUGGACUAGUCCCCCGCACUCGGAAGAGCAGACCUGAUGACUUUUCAGACCAAGAGAAUAAUCAGAACCUUGGGCAGGUUCUGAGGAACAAGAAGAAAAACCACAAGAAACGACAACAGCUCAAAGGUGGCUUAAACAACUGCCAGAACAGUGACAGUGAAAGCACCAGUGGAGAUUCAAAAAACUCACUGCGGAGCAGUUCCCGUGAGCGGCCAAGUGACUGUGAAAGUGAGAGUGACCUCGAUGGGAAGGCUUCAGAUGCCAGCUCAGAGAGACUAUUCAGCAACGCCACAACUAAAGUUAAACAUUUUAAUAUCAAUGCACUCGCCACCAAUGACAGCCAAGAAGCAAGAGGACUGGUGGUCCCCAAGGUGUCAGGUCUAGAGAGAAGCCAAGAGAAAAGCCCAGACGCUUGCAGAGACCUAAGCAUACUAAUUCCUCCUGUGCCAAAGGAGACAAUCCCACAAAUCCAGCCCCGGGCCCAUCCUCCGGUGGUGCCUCAGCCCCAUCCCCUUCCCCCAAGCCCUGUCCAGGUUCAAACUACAGCGACUAGCUACCAGCCCCAGGCCCCUUCAUCUCAAUCUGAGUCUCAGUCUUCAGAGAAGCCUCAGUCAGCCUCUGUACAGCCUCUCGCCCAGCCACAGCUGCAGCCUCUACCUCCACCUUCGCAUCGACCUCAAGCUCACCCACCAUCUCCAGUCUGUCCGCCUCAGCAAAUUCCUCCACCUGUUCAGCCUCGUCCUCCAUCACGCAGCCUUCUAAAGCCCUUGUCUGCAUACAACGCUGGUGCCAGUGUCAACGGCAUAAGCAGCAGCAGCAGUAGAAGCAGUACGCCAGGAAAACCUCUUCCAGCAUCACACCUACAUCAUCACCUCCCUACCCAUCCUGCUCCUCCUCCCCCUCCCCCUCCAGCCUUCCCCCUGUCACUUCCACACCAGACCACCCCUCAUAGCUUCCCCACCCUACAACCGUCACCACACCCGCCACCCCCCAAUAUGUUUGCGCCGCCAGCGGCCUUACCACCACCACCUCCACUAACGUCAAGCACCCUUCCAGUUCCUGGACACCCAGCAGGGAGCACCUAUUCAGAGCAAGACCUGCUGCGCCAGGAACUGAAUACACGUUUUUUGGCUUCGCAGAGUGCAGACCGUGGUGCCUCUCUGGGGCCUCCGCCCUACCUGAGAACAGAAUUUCACCAGCAUCAACAUCAGCACCAGCACACGCAUCAGCAUACGCACCAGCACACCUUCACGCCGUUCCCCCACGCCAUCCCGCCUACGGCUAUCAUGCCCACGCCUGCACCUCCUAUGUUUGACAAAUACCCAACAAAAGUGGAUCCCUUCUACAGACACAGUUUGUUCCACUCUUAUCCUCCAGCUGUAUCUGGAAUCCCUCCCAUGAUACCACCAACUGGACCUUUUGGCUCACUGCAGGGAGCGUUUCAACCCAAGACUUCUAAUCCCCUUGAUGUGGGAUCACGGCCUGGAGCAGUGCCUCAUACUCUUUUACAGAAGGACCCCCGGCUGACGGAUCCGUUCCGACCCAUAUUGAGGAAGCCAGGAAAGUGGUGUGCAAUGCAUGUUCACAUUGCUUGGCAAAUCUACCAUCACCAGCAGAAAGUCAAACAGCAGAUGCAAUCUGACCCACACAAGCUGGACUUUGGUCUGAAGCCGGAGUUUCUGAGUCGCCUUCCAGGACCAAGCCUUUUUGGAGCCAUCCAGCAUCCUCAUGAACUUGCCAGGCCUGCCACUUUGUUCACUGCUACAGGUGCUGCACAUCCAUCUGGACCACCUUUUGGACAUCCACCACACCCCAGCAACUUCCUCAACCCUGCAGCCCAUUUAGAGCCAUUUACUAGACCAAAUACUUUUGGAGGUUUGGGAACAUUAAGCAGUUCUGCCUUUGGUGGCCUGGGAAACCCAUCACUUACACCAAACUCAGUGUUUGGCCACAAAGAUGGACACAGUGCACAGAACUUCAGCAGUACUCAUGAGCCAUGGAACCGUCUUCAUCGGACCCCACCAUCAUUUCCAACCCCACCACCUUGGCUUAAACCAGGGGAACCAGACCGCAGCUCCUCUACCAUGGCCCACGAUAGAGACCGUGACGCUGACAAGCGGGACUCUUCUGUUAGUAAAGAAGACAAAGAGAGGGACAAUGUUGAAAAAAGACAUCACAAUCAUCUCUCUCCUGCACCAGUGAAUACUACAAACUCAUUGGGACACACUCGCACUUCUAACGAGCCAUCUAAAAAUCAAAUGAGCAGCGAGGUCCGUGACAAGGAGAAGCUGAAAGAAGCCAGGGAACGAGAACGGGACCGGGAUCACAGUGACUCUUGGAAAGAAUCUACUGCUGACGACCAUAAGCUCAAAGAGAAUCACCUGCCUGAGAAGGACAGUGUUUCACUCCAUGAGUGUCGAGUGAUGGAUGACGCCAAACCAGCAAACAGAGUGGCAUCGCCGUAUGUCAGGUCAACAGCCAUAGACAACUCAAGGCCAAGCAGCACUUUGAAUAGAGAGUCUGACAAAAAGGGCGAGCUGGUGUAUGACCAUCAGAAGAAGAACAGUGAGGUCAAAGUAAAGGAGGAACGCAAGGAAGAUCAAGAGGUCUCAAGUGAAGGACCCCAGCUUCACAAGCCUCCUGAUCAUUCCCAGCUGACGUCUUCAACCAGCAUUCAUCCCACCUCUUCCAUGUCCUCUAUGCCUGUGGCAAUGAGCAUGGCUGGCGUGCAUCCAAUGAACAGUAUUGCCAGCCUUGAAAGAACUCGCAUGGUUGCACCAUUUAUGGGAAUAAGCCCAAUUGCUGGGGCUGAAAGGUUUCCAUACCCAGCAUUUCACUGGGAUCCUCUGAGAGAUCCGCUUAGGGACCCAUACAGGGGGCUCGACAUUCACCGAAGAGAUCCACUGGCAAGAGAUUUUUUGUUAAGGAGUGAUCCCCUUCAUCGCCUCACAGCACCAAGGUUAUAUGAAACCGAGCGUUCCUACCGAGAUAGGGAGCCCCAUGAUUUCAACAGAGACCAUCAUCUUGCCAUUGAUCACCGUCGGGAGCACGAGCGACUCAGCCACUUAGAUGAACGAGAGAGGCUGCACAUGCUCAGGGAAGAUUACGAGCAUGCCCGCUUGCACCCAAUGCACCCAGCCACCUUAGAUACCCAUUUAGCCCACCCAGGUCUUAUGACCCCUGGACUCCCUAGUAUGCACUACCCAAGGGUCAGCCCAUCCUCAGCACACCAAAAUGGCAUUCUCAAUAAGACUCCCCCAACCGCAGCUUUGAGUGCUCCACCUCCGCUCAUCCCUACUUUGGGUGCCCGCCCGGUUUCCCCAAGAAGGACUACACCCUUGACCACAGACAUCAGGGACAGGCCACCAUCGCAUACCCACAAAGACAUUGAAGCCCGGUAGAUUGAGACUGGACUCAAAAGGUGGCCUUCAGGUGUACGAUAUAAACUGGGUAUGAUCCUGUAAUACAACCAGUUUAAAAACUUUUGAAGUAUUAUUUUGUACAUUUUAUGUUAAAAUUUUACAGAUGUUUUUUGCCAGUUUUCCUCUCCUUUUUUUGGUCUGUGACUCUUGUUUUAAAGUAAAGAAAGCAAAAUGUUUUAGAAGACAAUGAGAAAGAGGACUCCCUGGAAACUGCGGUGUCUGCUAGGAAAUGUAGCUGCUGGCAAAGUGGCAUCAGUUAAGGCAGGCUUUGUACAUAUUCCUGUACAGUGUAUAAAAACAAAAAAAGACAAAAAAGACGUGCUUCUUGGGCUCAGAGGAACAGUAAUGUACAUUCUGCUAAGGGGUGUGACGAAAGCUUUACUUUGUACAGAUGUAAAUAGACUUAAGUGAAAUAAGAAGGUUGGAAACUCCUUUAACUGUGCUGUUUAUUUUUUUUUUUAAAUUUAAUUAACCAUUGACACAGUGUUCUGCUGUGUUAGGUCCGUCGUUUCACAGGUUAUUCCCUUCAACUAUGCAAUGAACAUUUUGGCUUUUAUUCCAGUAGAAGCCUUCAUUUCUUUAAAGGAGACUGUUCAGCAAACAAGCCACAGCACACAAACCUCGUCAGCCCCCCACUACCUCAUAUUCUCUCCAGAAACCUUCAUACAAGAUGAAUAUGACUGAAUAUAUAUGAAAGAAACAAAACCCCAUGCUGAAAUAUAACAAGAAAGCUGUUCAUCUACCUAAAUAUUGUGUUUUACUUUGCAGUUUAAAAUUAACUUUAACAGAUUGUUUUUCAGGGUGACGCAGUAAUGAGAACUUUUGCCUCACAGCUUUGGGUGACUCAGUUCAAACUGUUGGCCUUUUCACAGUCUGCAUGGAGUUCCCACAUUCUCCCUGUGCCUGCAUGUGUUUUCUCUGGUUACCUCCCAUGUAUAACUGGCGACUCUGAACUGGUCUGAUGUGAGUGACUGUGGGUGUGUUUGUGAGAGCACUCACUAAUGAACUGGCAACCUGGCCAAAGUUGUGUCUCAUCCAGUGAUGCCCGCUCCCUCAAUCCUAAACUGGAUCAGGUGAGAACAGAUUGUAAAUGAGUAUUUCUUCCUUUUUACUCUUAAGACCUCUACGUACAUAUAUUUCAACCUUCAUGUAAUAUUUUACCCCAUUCAAGUUGCUUUGCAUUUUGGGUACGUCUGGUGAAAUGCAAUUUUUGCUGAGGGUGAGGGUACUGGUGCCAAAAACUAUACACAGAAGGGGUCUUUGUGUUCAGUAGGUUUUUGCGCAAUUGGGGCCAUCUUUGUUCUGGAAUUACCUUUUAAAUUUCCUGAACAUGCCAUAAUAUCCCUAAGGUUUAAAUGGUUAACACCCUUUCUGGUAUUUUGUUUUGCUCAUGCUCCUAGUUUGUGUUUUCCUGCCAUCAUUGCUGUGAUGGCUGUGUGCCUUUGUGUGCAUUUGAACCUCUCUCCUAAUGUCCUUCGUCCUAAAAAUCAGAAGUUGACGAAUGGUUUGGGGAAUAAAUGUUGGCAUAGCAAUCCCUAUUGAUGGAGUUUCAUAAGGCAUUGGUGAAGUUUUGGUUGUUUGCGGUCAACUUCAUCACUCCCACUUGGCUGCAGCCGGUGGGAAUCUGGGAGUGCAACACGAACUCAUCUGGGUUGCAUUCUUGUUAUUGUGAUGGUCACGCUGGGUGGUGAAAUUGUAAGAAUUGGAGAGAUUUUGUAAUAGCCAGAUCCUGUUCCUCACAUGAGCAUGAGCUGACGUGAAUACUUUUUACAGUACAGAGAAGUCUAGUGUGUUAUAAUUUACAUGCCGUAAUAAAAAUAAGGACUGUCCGUUCAUUACCUAAGCUGGUUUGCAGCAAUCUGGAGUUCAAAACACUACUGAAAAGUUCACUGAUAUGACCGUGGUGUAGCACAGGACACGCAUGGAACUGCAAUUACACUUCCAUACAAUUUGUUUUUUAAAUUUUAAUCUCUGAGAAAAUGCUUAAUUUGACAAUCUGCAAGCUUUCUUGUUUCAGGCAAAAAGACACUAAAGCUUACACCAUUGACCUGUUUUUCAAAAUUUGCUGUUCGUCCUUCUGGGGAGAAUAUGAAUUUAAAGAACCUUGAAAAAUCUCUGAAGAAUUGUAAAGUACAGUAUAUGUAUGAAAAUCAAUUAGUUUUGUUGGUCUCAUAGUGUAUCAAAGUGCUAUCUUUAAGUUGUCGUAUCUAAAGAAGAAGAACAGAGCUUAAUGGCAGCAGACCGUUUGUUUCUAAGGAGCAGAGAUCUAUUUUAGUAGUCAUCUGAAGGUUUAGUUGUGCGCUUCAAACUUUGUGAAAUCCAGAUGUUGUGCAGUGUUUUUCUUUUUUAAUAAUGAACAAAAAUGUACACUGGAAAGAGUAGUGUUAGUUCUGAGUAUUGCAAAGAGAUUGUUAACAAAAAAAAACUUUUUUGCUGUUUAUCAUGUACGUAAAUGAAGUCCUUUCUAGAUCAUAUGUAUAAAAAAAAAGUGAAGCGACUCUGAAUCUUCAGCAUGUGUCUCAUUAAAGAAAACCCUUGUGUUAUGUAAAUUGUGCCAUGUUAUUAAAAAAUGUGAACUAAA